GCCCCGCGCGGCUGCCGCUGGUCUUGCGGCCUCGCUCGCGGGCGCGGGCGCGCCGUCGCCUUGGGCCGCGCCGCCAUGACGGCCGCCGGGGGCGCCGGGCGAGCGGUAGUGCUCGACCCCUUCGCGGCCAGGAAUUUCGUGGAGCCCGGCAAGGACAGGCCGGUGGGCGGCGCUUUCAUCCGCUUCGACAAGGGGGAGUUCGAGGCGCGCGUCAACGCCUGGUACGAGGAGCUGGUCUCCCAGGGCGUGGACCCUUUGUGUGCCGGCUACGCGCCGUUCUGCAAGCACCUCUUCGUUCCCAAUUUUGUGCCCGGCUUGUUGGAUUCGGUCUUGACAGUCACGGAGGAGACGGAGCCGCUUCUCAAGACCGAGUACAAGGCGCGCACGGAGAAGGAGCUCCCUGUGUUGACCAGGUGGUUCCCCAAGGACCGCGUGGCUGGCCGCGUGCCGGAGGCCAAGAUCCUUGACGUCAUCCUGUACAGCAGAGAGCAGAUCCGCAAGGAAAAUGUCGCUAUGGGCGAGGACAGUGGCAGCGACGCCCCCUGGGGGAUCGUGUCGGUGAAGCCGCAGAGCGUGGACAGCGAGCUGCCCAUGGAGCCCAUCACUAUGAUGCGGAACGCUCUGGGGGUGGAGACCGGGGGCAGCGGAGUGACGCUGGAGCGCGAUGCGUACGCGAAGUCGGUGGAGUUUUGGAGCUCGCAUGCGCGCGUCCAGUAGAAAAAUGCGCGCUGUACGCAUCCUCGCCAACCUGCUCUCCGCUCCUCACCGGAAGCUGCAGCGUCCCCCCCGCUCGGAGGAUGCGAACCCCAUGCGGAGUGAGCUCGCACGGAGUGCUCAGACUCCGUCCAGGCUUGCUCCGUCUGAACUUAGCCUCUCUUGACAGGGUGCUCUUGGUCCGUACGGAGGAGGUCCACACGGAGUGCUCGGCCUCGGUUGGAGAUUUGGACAUCUACAUUACCAGUGGCGGGCUGUUUUUCAAUCCCAGGACUUCUUGAGGGUCGG